AUGUUCGAUAAUUCGAGUAUAAACUCAAAUAGCAAAAAGGAUCAAGGUAUUUUCGAAAUUGAAAAUAUCUCAACCUUAGAUAAUGACAACACGUCAUUUACUUUUAAAAAUACAAAAUAUUAUGAUCAGUACGAUGCUGAUGACUAUAAUUAUGCUGAAGUUGAUGAUUCAAAGACACAUCAAAUAAGACAUCCUUCGAACGUAGGUAUUUUUGAAGAAGUGUCUAUAAAUAGUUCAUCGACAACAGAUGAUAAAGAAAACUACAAUAAAUCCAAUUUUUAUUCAUAUAACGAUAAAAAAUCCAAAUCAUCCACUAAAAAAAAGAAAGUGUUUAAACAAUCCCAAAAAAAGCUUGCCAAUGAUGGAGUCGAUGAAAAUAACGUUUUAGGUUCAUAUACUGAGGAACAGGUUAUGGAAAUGGGUCGCAAUUUUGCGUUAAAGUAUAACUUGCCUAAUGAAAAUGAUAUUUUUGGCAGAGCUGCAGCUUUGGCUAGAUCACCCAAUAAUUUUGAUAGAAUGGAGUUUUUGACCCAAGGGGAAAAAAUUGCCUGCUAUGAUGAAAUACAUCACAAAUGGAAAAAUAUUCCUAAAAAACUAAUUGCCGCCAUUAUCGGCAGUGCCAUGUCAGCCUCAGUUCAAGGCUUUGAUGAAAGCAUUAUUAACGGGGCUAACCUAUUUUAUCCUAAGGCUGUUGGGUUGGGAUCAGGCAGUGAUCAUGAUAACUGGAUUGAAGGUUUAAUAAAUGGUGCUCCAUAUUUAUGUUGUGCCGGUAUUUCAUGUUGGUUGACCGAUUGGUUAAACAAUAAACUUGGUAGAAAAAAAGUCAUAUUUAUAACAUGUGCUAUCUCUGCUAUUACUUGUUUCCUACAAGGUUUCUCACCAACAAAUAGUUGGGUUUAUCUCUUCGUUGUAAGGUUCUUUCUAGGUUUUGGUAUUGGUCCUAAAUCUGCCACCACCUCUGUUUAUUUAGCGGAAUGCUCCACUAAGAGGUUACGCGGCGUAAUUUCUAUGAAUUGGCAGACUUUUACAGCUUUUGGCAUCAUGUGGGGGUAUGCCUUCAGUUUAAUUUUCUAUAAAGUUGGUGAUAAUGGUGUUAAUGGUGGGUUAAAUUGGAGAUUAAUGUUGGGUAGUGCAAUGCUACCUGCUAUAUUUGUUAUGAUUCAAAUUCCUUGGUGUCCUGAAUCUCCACGUUGGUUGCUAGGUAAAGGUCGAUAUUUAGAAGCUUAUGAGUCCACAGUCCAAUUGAGAUCGCAUAAAAUUUUGGCUUGUCGCGAUUUGUUUUACCAACAUGUUUUAAUAAUGGAGGAAAGUUCCCUAGAAAUUCCCUAUUUUAUUAGAUUGAAAGAAGUGUUUACUGUCAGAAGAAAUAGAAAUGCUUUUGUUACUGCCUUUAUAUGUGCUUUCAUGCAACAAUUUUGUAGUAUUAAUAUUCAAGCAUAUUACAGUAGUUCUAUUUUUCUCAAAUCUGGCUUUGAUGGGGUUCAGGCACUAACCGCGUCUCUAGGAUUUGGUAUAAUUAAUUUUGUUUUUGCCAUUCCAGCCUUUUUCAUGAUUGAUAGAUUUGGUAGAAGAUUUUUAUUACUUAACACUUUCCCGUGGUUGGCCUUGUUUGUUUUUGUCACUGGAUUUGCAUUUUGGAUCCCAGAUCAAGAAACUAGGGUUGGCAUUGUCUCUAUGGGUAUUUAUGUUUUCACUGCCAUUUACUCUUUUGGUAUGGGUGUUGUUCCCUUCGUUAUUGCUGGUGAAGUUUUCCCACUUUAUAUUAGAGCUAUUGGUGCCUCACUUUUUACGGUUGUCCUUUGGGGCUUCAACUUUAUUUUGGCAAUUACUUGGCCAAGUAUGUUAAAGCAUUUAUACCCACAAGGAUCUUUUGGGUUUUAUGCCGGCUGGAAUAUUAUAGGCUGGUGUUUGGUUUAUUUUUUUAUGCCGGAGACUAAAAUGUUGACUUUGGAAGAAUUGGAUGAGAUAUUUGAUGUUCCGUUAUGGGUUCGUGCUAAAUUCCAAUUUAAAGAAUUAUGGCCAAAUUUCCAGGAGUAUAUUUUAAGACGCCAUGUUAAGAGACAGGAACCUUUGGAUAAACAUACAAGAAUGGCUUUGAUGUAUACUGGUUGGGAGGACAAACCUAACAUAGAAAACACAGAAAUUUAUUAA